AACUUACCAUCGAUGAGCACUAUGGUCACACAAAUCAAGUUUAGGAGGGCGUUGGUCACUCCCGUCAGAUUUAUGAGCAACGAGGUCACUCCCGUCGGAGCAUCGCUAACGGUGGGUGGCGUGGCACGUUGACCAGGCGGACUAGCCAGUUUAUUUGCAGAAACCCCCUCCACAAUUACAUCAUCUGAACUCAUCCGUCCACACUAGAGUUGCUCGGUUCGUCUCCCGUGCGAGCCGACAUGCAGGCGACGGGUGAGCACGCCGCCGGCAACAGCGACGGGGGCGGCAGGCCCUCCGGGGAUCAUCGGCGAAUGGGAGAAGAUAUAGGACAGCCGCGUCGACGAGAUCCAUGGAUGGAAACUCCAGAUUACGGUCGAAGUGAUGAUCUUUUCAGCAUUGAAGUGAACCAUGGAGGUUUUUUCUGUGGAUUAGGAAUGAAUAGGGUAUAUUUGGAUACAAAAGUCGACUUGUUUGAUGAUAUCAGCCGACGUAGUUUCUGUUGUGCAAGUUUGGGCUACAUUUUGAAGGAAUUGGGAUACAGUAUUGCUGAUCUAAACAUAAGGGUGUACUGGUGCAAGCCUGGGAAGACAAUUGGAGAUGGUCUGGUGGCAAUCAAACAGGAGAAAGAUGCAGAUAUGAUGAAGAAUUGUGUAGUAGAAGAGAAGAAACUGAUCAUGUAUGUUGAUCAUGUCAAUUUGCUGGAGAAACAAAGGUGGGAUGAUGUCAAUCAGCAGCAUGUGCCACUGCCUGAUGUUAUGAGUCCACCAAAACAAGGUUACGAGCACAUAUCAGAAGUUGAUGAUGUAGGCAACGGUGAUGAGAAGGAUGUUGUCAUGUCUUGCUGUAGUGCUAGUUCUUCAGACUUGGACAGUGAUUUUGCAGAUUCAGACUAUGAGUUCGAAGAAGAUGACGAGCACUUCAAGAAGAAUGUUGAUGAAGGUGUGAAAGAUGAUUUAAUGGAGAAGACAACAUCGAAAUCCAUGAGAGAACCUGAGAAAUAUAUUGGAGAAGAAGAUGAGCUAGAGCUGCCUGAAGACCACAAGGGAGAAAUCACAUACAAGUGGAAAAUGUUCAACAAGCUGACAGACAUGCAAAAUCCCACAUUCAAAACUGGAAUGAUUUUCUCCAAUGUCCAGGAGUUGAGAGCUGCAAUUUCCAUGUACUGUGUGAGGAAUAGAAGGAAGCUCAAGAAGGUGAGAAAUAAUGCAAUUAGAGUUGAAGUUGUGUGCCAACCUAAGUGUCCAUGGAAAUUAAUUGCCACAAAGCAGACAAGGACAGAAGGUUCAUUUGCUGUGACAAAGUUGAAUGAUGUGCACACAUGUGAGAGGGUGUGGGAGGUGAAGGAGCUCACGGCUCCUUUGAUUGCACAAGAGUACUUGGAAGAGAUUAGGGAUAAUGAGAAUUUAUCACUGAAAUCCUUUGCGAAGAACCUAGAGCAUCACACUAUCCAGAAGAAACACUUACUGACAUUCCCCCUAGAGGAAGAGGAAGGGCAGAAUGGCUGCUGUGGGGAGAGGGUCAAGCUGCUGCUGAUGUGGACGUUGACACAUCCCAGGCACCACCACUGGAUGUUUCUCAAGCCUGAUCACUAGAACUACUGCAUAUUCAAGUUAGUAACCAAACAGACAGGGCACUUCUUUUUGAUCUGUUUGUGUACUCACUUGUAAACCAUAUCAUGCAAAUCAUGUGUGUCUGCGAACUAGAUAGUCGCUACACUUAUUUUGCCGUGCAAUGUCAAGUUUAUCUAUGACUGAAUCGUUCA